AUGACCAUAGGCUCGAUUCACAGCAGUAGCAACCACUACAACAGGAGGCAAUACAACAUCAGCAGCAACCACAGGAGCCCACAAAUCAGUAGCAGCAACUACUGCAGAAGGAGGCAACACAACAACAGCAGCAACCACUGCAGCAGGAGGCAACACAACAGCAGCAGCAACCACAGGAGCCCAACCAACAUUAGCAGCAAGCACUGCAGCAACCACAGGCACCCACACAACAGCAGCAGCAACCCCUGCAGCAACCACAGGAGCCCACACAACAGCGGCAGCAACCACUGCAACAACCACAGGAAACCACACAACAGCAGCAGUAACCUCUGGAUCAGGAGGUACCACAAGAGAAGCAGCAACCACAAGAGCCCAACCAACGUCAGCAGCAACAACUGCAGCAACCACAGGAACCCACACAACAACAGCAGAUACCACUGCAGCAGGAGACAACACAACAGCAGCAGCAACCCUUGCAGCAAUGACAGGAACCCAUACAACAGCAGCAGCAACUACAGGAACCCACACAACAGCAUCAGCAACCACUGCAGCAGAAGGCAACACAUUAGCUACAGCAACCACAGCAGCCCACAAAACAGCAUCAGCAACCACUGCAGUGGUAGUCAACACAACAACAGCAGCAACCACUGCAGCAGGAGGCAACACAACAGCAGGAGCAAUGAUAGGAGCCCACACAACAGCAUCAACAACCACUGCAGCAGUAGGCAACACAACAACAGCAGCAACCAUAGUAGCCCCCCCAACAGCAGCAGCAACCACUGCAACAAGAGGCAACACGACAUCAGCAGCAACCACUGUAUCAGGAAGCAACAGAACAGCAGCAGGAACCACUGCAGCAGGAGGCAACACGACAACAGCAGCAACCACUGCAUCAGGAAGAAACACAAUAGCAGCAGGAACCACUGCAGCAGGACGCAACACAAUAGCAGCAGCAACCAUAAGAACCCACACAACAGCAGCAGCAAUCUCUACAGCAACCCACACAACAGAAGCAGCAACCCUUGCAGCAGCAAUCAUAGGAACCCACACAACAGCAGCAGCAACCUCUGCAUCAGAAGGUACCACAACAGAAGCAGCAACCACAGAAGCCCAACCAACAUCAGCAGCAACCACUGCAGCAACCACAGGAACCCACACAACAGCAGCAGCAACCACUGCAACAGGAGGCAACACAACAGCAGCAGAAGCCACAGGAACCCACACAAUAGGAGCAGCAACCCCAGCAGCAAUGACAGGAACCCACACAACAACAGCAGGAACUACAGGAACCCACACAACAGCAGCAGCAACCACUGCAACAGGAGGCAACACAACAGUAGCAGCAACCACUGCAGUAGUAAGCAACACAACAACAACAGCAACUACAGUAGCUCAAACAAAAGCAGCAGCAUCCGGAGGCAACACAAAAGCAGCAGCAACCACAGGAGUCCUCACAACAGCAGCAGCAAACACAGGAGCUCACACAGCAGCAGUAGCAACCACAGGAGCCCUGGCAACAGCAGCAGCAACCCCUGCGGCAACGACAGGCGCUCACACAAAAGCAGCAGCAACUACAGGAACCCACACAACAGCAGCAGCAACCCCUGCAGCAACCACAGCAACCCCCACAACAGCAGCAGCAACCACUACAGCAGAAGGCAACCCCACAGCAGCAGCAACUACAAUAGCCCAAACAACAGCAGCAGACACCACUGCAGCAGUUGGCAACAAAACAGCAGCAGUAACUGCAGGAGCCCCCACAGCAGCAGCAGCAACUACAGGAACCCACACAACAGCAGCAGCAACCAUUACAGCAGAAGGCAACCCCACAGCAGCAGCAACUACAAUAGCCCAAACAACAGCAGCAGCAAUCACUGCAGCAGUUGGCAACAAAACAGCAGCAGUAACUGCAGGAGCCCCCACAGCAGCAGCUGCAACUACAAUUGCCCAAACAACAGCAGCAGCAACCACUGCAGUAUUAGACAACCCCACAGCAGGAGCAACUACAGUAGCCCAAACAACUGCAGCAGCAACCACUGCAGCAGGAGGCAACACAACAGCAGCAGCAACCACAGGAGUCCAUAUAUCAGCAGCAACAACCACUGCAGUAUUAGACAACCCCACAGCAGCAGCAACUACAGUAGCCCAAACAACUGCAGCAGCAACCACUCCAGCAGGAGGCAACACAACAACAGCAGCAACCACUACAUCAGGAGGCAACACAACAGCAGCAGCAACCUCUGCUUCAGGAGCAGCAGCAACCGCAGGAGCCCUGACAACAGCAGCAGCAACCCCUGCAGCAACCACAGCCACCCACACAACAGCAGCAGCAACCCCUGCGGCAACCACAGGAGCUCACACAACAGCAGUAGCAAUCACAGGAGCCCAGACAACAGCAGCAGCAACCCCUACAGCAAUCACAGAAACCCACAUGACAGCACCAGGACCAACACAAACCAACAUAAUAGCAGCAGCAACCACUGCAGCGGGAGGCAACACAACAGCAGCAGCAACCGCAGGAGCCCACAUAUCAGCAUCAGUGACCAUUGCAGCAGUAGACAACACAACAACAGUAGCAACCAUAGUAGCCUCCCCAACACCAGCAGCAACCACUGCAGCAGGAGGAAACACAACAGCAGCAGCAACCACUACAUCAGGAGGCAACACAACAGCAGCAGAAACCACUGCAGUAUUAGACAACCCCACAGCAGCAGCAACUACUGUAGCCCAAACAACUGCAGCAGCAACCACUGCAGCAGGAGGCAACACAACAGCAGCAGCAACCUCUGCAUCAGGAGGUACCACAACAGAAGCAGCAACCACAGAAGCCCAACCAACAUCAGCAGCAACCACUACAGCAACCACAGGAACCCCCACAACAGCAGCAGCAACCACUGCAGCAGUUGGCAACAAAACAGCAGCAGUAACUGCAGGAGCCCCCACAGCAGCAGCAGCAAUUACAAUUGCCAAAACAACAGCAGCAGCAACCACUACAGCAGAAGGCAACCCCACAGCAGCAGCAACUACAAUAGCCCAAACAACAGCAGCAGCAACCACUGCAGCAGGAGGCAACACAACAGCAGCAGCAAUCACAGGAGCCCAGACAACAGCAGCAGCAACCCCUGCAGCAAUCACAGGAGCCCACAUGACAGCAGCAGGACCAACACGGACCUUCACAACAGCAGCACCAACCACUGCAACAGGAGACAACACAACAGCAGCAGCAACCACUGCAGCAGUAGGCAACACAACAACAGCAGUAACUGCAGGAGCCCCCACGACAGUGGCAGCAACCACUGCAGCAGUAGGCAAUACAACAGCAGCAACCAUAGGAGGCCACAUAUCAGCAGCAUCAACCACUGCAGUAUUAGUGAACCCCACAGCAGCAGCAACUACAAUAACCCAAACAACAGCAGCAGCAACCACUACAGCAGGAGGAGCUCACACAACAGCAGCAGCAACCCCUGCAGCAACCACAGCAACCCCCACAACAGCAGCAGCAACCACUGCUGUAGUAGGCAACACAACAACAGCAGCAACUACAGUAGCCCAAACAACAGCAGCAGCAUCCGGUGCAGCAACCACAGCAACCCCCACAACAGCAGCAGCAACCACUGCAGCAGUAGGCAACACAGCAACAGCAGCACUCACACGAGCCCACGCAACAGCAACCACUGCAGCAGUAGGCAACACAACAGCAGCAGCAACCUCUGCAUCAGGUGGUACCACAAUAGCAGCAGCAACCACAGGAGCCAACAAAGCAGCAGCAGCAACCACUGCAGCAGGAGGAACCACAGCCACCCACACAAUAGCAGCAGCAACCCGUGCGGCAACCACAGGAGCUCACACAACAGCAGCAGCAACCCCUGCAGCAACCACAGCAACCCCCACAACAGCAGCAGCAACCACUGCUGUAGUAGGCAACACAACAACAGCAGCAACUACAGUAGCCCAAACAACAGCAGCAGCAUCCGGUGCAGCAACCACAGCGACCCCCACAACAGCAGCAGCAACCACUGCAGCAGUAGGCAACACAGCAACAGCAGCAAUCACAGGAGCCCACACAACAGCAGCAGCACUCACACGAGCCCACGCAACAGCAACCACUGCAGCAGUAGGCAACACAACAGCAGCAGCAACCUCUGCAUCAGGUGGUACCACAACAGCAGCAGCAACCACAGGAGCCCCCACAGCACCAGCAGCAACCACAGGAGCCCUGAAAACAGCAGCAGCAACCCCUGCAGCAACCACAGCCACCCCCACCCUCACAACAGCAGCAGCAACCACUGCAGCAGUUGGCAACAAAACAGCAGCAGUAACUGCAGGAGCCCCCACAACAGUGGCAGCAACCACUGCAGCAGUAGGAAAUACAACAGCAGCAGCAACCCCUGCAGCAACCACAGCCACCCACACAAUAGCAGCAGCAACCCCUGUGGCAACCACAGGAGCUCACACAACAUCAGCAGCAACGACAGGAACCCACAUAACAGCAGCAGCAACCCCUGCAGCAACCACAGCAACCCCCACAACAGCAGCAGCAACCACUGCAGCAGUUGGCAACAAAACAGCAGCAGCAAUCACAGGAGCCCACACAACAACAGCAGCAACCACACAAGCCUACACAACAGCAGCAGCAACUACAGCAGCCCACACAAGAGCAGCAGCAACCCCUGCAGCAACCACAGCAACCCCCACAACAGCAGCAGCAACCACUGCAGCAGUUGGCAACAAAACAGCAGCAGUAACUGCAGGAGCCCCCACAACAGCAGCAGCAACCACUGCAGCAGUAGGUAA